AUGUACUCCACCAACACCGCCACCGCCGCGUCCACCGCCGUGCCAAAGUUGCCUACGGCUGUGGCUACCGUAGGCCACACUUGCGAGGGGCCGCUUAUCCGAAGACACGGCAUCUCUUCGGCCAGCGAGGCUGCUGACAAGAGGGCGGAGGAGGAGAAGGCGAGGCGGCGCGCAAAGGCGGCGGAGGCAACGGCGGCCAAGAAGGAGGCCAAGGCGAAGAACAAUAAGGCCAAGAAGGCGCCGUCUGCUUUCGCGCUCGAGGAGGAGCGGAGGGCGAAGGUUGCGGCAGAGCUUCGCGCACAGGAGGAGAGGGCGGCGCAGCUGGCUGCUGAGCAGGAGGCGGCGAGGCGGGCGGAGCGGGAGGCGGCAGAGCGAGCGGGCGCGGCAGAGCAGGCGGCGCUGCGCGAGGAUGCGGAGCUGGCAGAGGCGCUGCGCCGGUCAGAGGUGGAUGCGGAGGAGGCGCUGGCGCGUCGGGUGUCGCGGUGCGAGGAGGCGGUGAGCAGCGAGUCGACCGGCGGCGGCGGGGACUUGCCGCAGCGUGUCGAGCGGCUGGAGGCGAGCCUCGGCGCGGCGACCGAGGGCAGCCUCGAGGAGCGGGUCGGCGCCAUCGAGCGUUUGAUCGGGCCAGAGGCGGGAGAGGCGGCGGAGCAGCAUCUGCCAGUCACCGAGCCGCUUGCUGCCGUCUCACUAGCGGACGCCGGCCUCGACACGGGGCGGCCGGCUGCCCCCGAGUCCACGAUGGGGGGAGAGACCACGUGUAUCGUGUGUUUCGCGAGAGUCAAGUCGCAUGCUGCGGUUCCGUGCGGGCACUUGUGUGCUUGCGGGCCAUGCUCUGAGCUGAUGCGAGAGUGCCCUUACUGCCGCGAGCCAGUGAUGAUGUGGAUGGUGCCGCGUCCGGUCUAG